AUUCCUUUGGGACUCUUAUUCUUCCAGUACUGCCUUUAAACAGUGCUUCUGGGAAUUAUGAAUUACUGGUAGAAGGCCAUGCUGAUGGCCGGCGCAUCUUCUCUAACCGUACCAGCUUGAUGUACAUGGCAAAGAGCAUCUCCGUAUUCAUUCAGACUGAUAAAUCUAUGUAUAAACCGGGACAAGAUGUGAUGUUUCGGAUUGUCACCGUCUAUCCUGAUCUCAAGCCUUACAAAGCGUCUUUGAAUAUCUAUAUCCGAGACCCUCGGAAGAAAUUGAUUCAGCAGUGGUUGAUGGAGGAGGGUGAUUUGGGUGUAGUUUCCAAAAAAUUUCAGUUAUCGGUGAACCCUCCACUAGGAGACUGGUCCAUAGAGGUGGAACUGAACGGUCAAGUUUAUUAUCAAAGAUUUAGAGUGAUGGAAUAUGUUUUACCAAAAUUUGAUGUUAUGAUAACAACACCAUUAUACUACUCAUUGAGAGAGGAAGAUGUAACUGGUGUUGUCACUGCAAAGUACACGUAUGGAAAGCCAGUAAAGGGAACUGUGACGGUCACUUGCCUUUCUGUUUCUUACUGGACAAACAAGAGAAAUAUAACAACAACAAUGGAGAUAAAUGGAUCUGUGAAUGUAACCUGUAACAAGCUUAUGUUGCAAAACUUGAAGACUGAUCAGUUGUGGCACCAAGGUGACAGUGAUUACACAGAGCCAAUAGAAAUUAUUGCGGUUGUCACCGAGUCACUCACAGGCAUCUCCCAAAAUUCAAGUACCAUCAUAUUUCCAAAGCAAAGUGACUAUUUUAUUGAAUUUAUGGACUACUCUAGAGUUAUAAAACCUUCUCUGAACUUCAUAGCUACUCUAAAGGUGACACGUUCUGAUAGCAACCAACUGACAGCUGAAGAGAGGCAGCAUCUUGUCACAAUCACUGCACAACAGUCAGACCUGCCUUUUCACCACUCUUCACUUUCUCAGCUUGAGAAUGAGGCAACAGAGGAGAGAAAUCUGACAGUCCAUGUCCUGAAUUACACUGUCCCAGAAAAUGGAAUAAUUGAUAUUGAGUUUCCAAUCCUGUCUGAUACAAAAACUCUGAGAGUUCAGGCAGAGUUCCUCAGCAGUAGGACUGACAUAGGUGUUUAUGAUGUGUUCAGCUCCCCCAGCCAGACUUAUCUCCAGAUUAAAACAAAGAGCCAGGAUAUAAAGGCUGGGAAACCUUUUGAGCUAAGCAUUGCAAGCAACAAGCCAGUGAGAGAGUUCCACUAUCUGGUGUUAUCUAAGGAACAAAUUAUGGCUUUUGGCACAAAGGCUGCAAAAACAUUCACUUUAACAGCAGAAAAUUCCUGGGCUCCUUUGGCAUCUAUACUUGUAUUCUAUGUUGAUGAGCUUGGAGUGGUUGUAAAUGAUGCUCUCACUGUCCCCAUUCAGCCUGUUUUGGAUGACAAGAUUAAAAUCUCUUGGAGCAAAGACAAGGUGAAGCCAUCUGAGAAGGUCUCACUUAAAAUCAGUACAACAGAACCAGGAUCAGUCAUUGGACUUGCAGUUGUUGAUAAAAGUACAAAGCUUCUGGGAGAAAGUAGUGACAUAACAGAAGAUUCUGUCUUCCAUGAGCUCAAUUUAUACAACUCAGUGCAGUAUUUCCCCCUGGUCAGAGGUUCUUUUGGUGUUUUUCAGAAAUGCAACCUUUGGGUAUCAACUGACGCAGUUCUUGAGGAGGAUAAGGAACAUUUUCUUUAUGGUGGAAUGAUACCCAUAGAGGAUGGUUUUGGUGAUGAUAUGCCAGUAUCUAAAAAUGGACCUCCUGAUUUUGGCGAUCUCUAUGUGAGAACACAUUUUCCAGAAACCUGGCUUUGGAUCGACACUAAAACUAGAUCUGACACAGACACCACAAUGGAAGUCAUUGUACCUGAUACCAUCACAUCCUGGGUAGCCAGUGCUUUUGUGAUGUCUGAGAAGGGAGGACUUGGAGUGACAACUGCACCGGUGGAGCUAGAAGCUUUUCAACCUUUCUUCAUUUUCCUGAACCUUCCAUAUUCUGUCGUCAGAGGAGAGCAGUUCAUUUUGGAAGUAAACAUCUUUAAUUAUUUGAAAGAAGAAACUGAGGUUACCGUGAUCCUGGAUAUGAAUGAUGCUUUUGAAAUGAUCGUAACAUCCAAUGAAAUAAAUGAUACAGAAAAUCAACAGUCUAUAUCUGUACCAAGUGAAGAUGGGAAAACUGUUCAAUUCCCAAUCAAGCCAAAACAGCUGGGAGAGAUUCCCAUCAAAGUGACAGCAAUAUCAUCUGCUGCUUCUGAUGCUAUCAUCCAGAAAGUUUUAGUAAAGGCUGAAGGAUUGGAACAGACAUAUUCGCAGACAGUCCUUUUGGAUUUGACUGGGAAUAAGCCACAAGCAGUGUCAAAACCUUUGGAUUUCACUUUUCCUUCUGAUGUUGUAAGUGGCAGUGAGAGAGUGCAGGUCACUGCUGUUGGUGAUUUACUUGGGCCUUCCAUCCAUGGUUUGUCGUCAUUGAUUAAGAUGCCUUAUGGCUGCGGUGAACAGAAUAUGAUCAAUUUUGCUCCAAAUGUUUAUGUUUUGCAAUACCUGACUAAAACCAGGCAGCUGAGAGAGGAUAUUAAAUCAAAAGCUGUAUCAUUUAUGAGAAAAGUGAUGCUGUCCCUCUCCUGCUACGUCCUUGUAGAGCUCAAGGAGUGGCUGAUUGAUCUGGUGGCUGGCUUUCGCCCACCCAAGUUUUAG